ACAGCCAGGGUGGCGGGGGCGAGGAGCCGGGGUGGAGCUUGCUGUCCCCUCCGGCGUCCGGCCGCGCCCGUCCUCAGGGCUGCGGCGAGACGCCCGGCUGCUGUUGCGGCCCUCCGGAGCUCUCCCUCCGCCGCUUUGCCACGGUGGAGCUGAAUGCACUGAGCUCCGACAGUGGGGUUGCCAGCUUCCUCUCCCUUGCGGGGGCGUCGAACUCGCGCGUGCGCAGCGUGUAAGGGAAGGGGGCCAGGACCCCCGGCUGACCCCGGCAGGGCGACCGGACAGCGGGAGGUGAAUCGGGAUGAGCUUCCCAGCGCUGCAGCUCCACUGAGAAGGAAAUCCAGGAGCAGAGGGUCGCCGGUCGGCCGCAGUGCGUGAGGCCAUGGCGUUCCUGACCGGGCCGCGUCUUCUGGACUGGGCUAGCUCGCCGCCACACCUGCAGUUCAAUAAGUUCGUAUUGACCGGCUACCGGCCGGCCAGCAGCGGCUCGGGCUGCCUGCGCAGUCUUUUCUACCUACACAACGAGCUGGGCAACAUCUACACACACGGUAGGUGAGCCGCACCCCGAUUCAUGCUUCUUGCACUCGCGGCCGCCUUGCCUGGGAGCACAGCAGCCCCCUAAGCCCAAGUCCUCGGCUGUCCCUGCCCUGGUUGGGUCAGGCGCUGUGGUGACAAAGCUGCCAUUGUCCCAGGCUUCGUUGCCAGCUUCUGCUUUCCCAGUAGUGCCCCAAGGCAGGAGAGGGGAGCAGAAUGGGAGCCAGCUUAAUCCGGCUGAGCUCUAGAGGGCUAGCCCUGCUGGGCUUCCUGGUGCUAGUGCCAAUGACCAUGCCCUGGAGUCAGCUGGGCAAGGAUGGCUGGCUAGGAGGCACACAUUGUGUGGCCUGCCUGGCGCCCCCUGCAGCCUCUGUGCUCUAUCACCUCUUCAUGUGCCACCAGGGAGGCAGUCCUGUGUACACCCGGCUCCUUGCCCUGGAUAUGUGUGGAGUCUGUCUUGUCAACACCCUUGGGGCCCUACCCAUCAUCCACUGCACUCUGGCUUGCAGACCCUGGCUUCGCCCAGCUGCCCUGAUGGGUUACACUGCACUGUCAGGUGUAGCCGGCUGGAGAGCCCUCACUGCCCCCUCCACCAGUGCCCGGCUUCGAGCCUUUGGUUGGCAAGCUGGGGCCCGCCUGCUGGUGUUUGGGGCCCGUGGAGUGGGGCUGGGCUCAGGGGCUCCAGGCUCCCUGCCCUGCUACCUGCGCAUGGACGCACUGGCUCUGCUGGGAGGGCUGGUGAAUGUGGCACGCCUGCCAGAGCGCUGGGGGCCUGGCCGCUUCGACUACUGGGGCAACUCCCACCAAAUCAUGCACUUGCUGAGCGUGGGCUCCAUCCUCCAGCUCCAUGCUGGGGUUGUGCCUGACCUGCUCUGGGCUGCGCGCCAUGCCUGUCCCCCAGACUGAGCUGCCUCCUAGCUGCCAAACUGGCCUGCCCACAGCUUUCUGGGACAAAUUACACCACCUUUCCUCCUGCUGGUCUGCAAGGGGCUGGUUCCCUGGAAGAACCAGCACAUGGGACUUCCUAGCUGGGAGACCACUCUUCGUUCCUCCCCAUGGAUUAACCUCUUCUUGCACCCAGGCCUUCAAAUCCAGCUACCCCUCUCCUUGUCAUCUUCCCUCCAGCAUACUGGUUUGCCGUCAUUAGAAGGAAACCAUUUUUUUUUUUUUUCAAUUUACCCUGUUUGACCUGUGAGUCUCUGACAGUUGAGUCCUGCCAACUUACCAAGCCUCCAGCCCAGAACCACUACCCCUAUGUUGCUGCUCCCAUCCAACACCUCCUGGAUUCUUGAACUAGCCUCUCUGACCCCGCUUCCUGAUCUCCAGCUUCCUGCUCUGCAUGCCACACCUCUCAGCAGCCAGAAUCUUGCUGUCCCUGUCAUUCCUGCAGUGAGGGUGCAGAGGAGAGGACCAGGACCUUCUCUCAGAACCAAGCGGGCAUUGGUCCUGCUUGUAUUAUCUGACCAAGAGACACGAGGGGAGCUGCUGCUUUUCCUAGGCAAAAGGCGCAGAUGUGGAAUGGAGGGGUUGGACUCAGGCUUCACUGGACCAACAACUCAUCUCUUCACAGCCAUGGUCUGACUGACUGACCUGCCCAUCAGAGACUUGUCUGCUCAGGAAACCUCUACACAGUGGGUGGCUCCAGCCUGCUGGCCCAAGGGCACUCUAUAGCAGGGGAUCGACUCAGAGCCAGACAUCCCAAAGGCCUAAGACCCUAGGCAACAUCAAUAAAGGGACAAGAAGCACUCUGUUGCCAUAUGAGCAA